UGACGACAAUGUAUCAAUUGGUUCUGCAAUUUAGGUGAGCCCAGCGGCAAAGCGAUUCUGACGCACCCAGGUGAUGGAAUCCGAUCACAAUAUGAAGGCUCUGCAGGGUUUUUGCCAUCGGGGAUUCCUAACAUUGUCUCUCCUCUGAAAGUCUCUAGCUAUCUCUUCCUCUCCUUCUCCUCCUUCUUUAUUCUUUUCAUUCAUCCCGUCCUUCCGCGGUCAGACAGACAUUCCCCUCUACGACACCCUAAGGCUCUCCUCAGACUCCCAGCCAAUCGCGGGGCCUGAUCUGCAUUGGCAUGGACACCGAGUCCACUCACUCUGGGUAUUCCCACUCCAGUCGCUCCAACAGGUCCAACCGGCAUGGCGAGCGCAGUAGAGAGCGCCGUAAGCCCAGCAGUAAGGACAGCAGUCGUUCUGAGCGCUCUGUCACCAUCAACCCCCCAGACACGCCCUCUCAGACCACGCCCACGCACAACUCUGAGCCCCUCCCAGGCGACUCAACAGCAGCCCCAGGAGAAGAGACUCAGGAUGAGAACUGGGGGGAAACCACCACGGCCGUGACCGGGACGUCAGAGCUGAGUCUGUCCCAGGAGGAGGUUGUGGGCCUAGGGAAGGAAACUGAGGAGGACCGAGGGAAGGCCUGUCAGCGCUAUGCUCCCCUGGCCUUGGGCCUCUCUCUUGUGCUGCUGGUCCUAGCCUCCCCCCUGGCCUUCCUGGUGCUCCCGGCUCUGCUUUGGCCCGACAGGCUUCAUGCCUGUGGCUCAGCCUGUGAGGGUCUCUUCCUCUCCGUCUCCUUCAAGCUGCUCAUCCUGCUCCUGGCCAUUUGGGCCCUGUUCCUGCGGCCAGCGCGCGCCAGCCUGCCACGCGUGUGCGCUUUCAAAGCACUUCUUGCCACCCUCACGCUCCUGCUCAUCCUCUCCUACUGGCUCUUCUACGGUGUACGCAUCCUUGACGCGCAAGAUGAGGACUACCAGGGAAUUGUCCAGUUUGCUGUGUCUCUGGUGGACUCUCUGCUGUUCCUCCACUACCUGGCUAUUGUGCUGCUGGAAAUCAGGCAGCUGCAGCCGUGUUACAGCGUGUGUGUCAUCCGCUCCACCGAUGGGGAGACCCGCCACUACAACCUUGGACGGCUCAGUAUUCAGAAAGCAGCUCUAUCCCUCCUGGAGUUCUACUACCGGGAUUUUCCUCUCCACAACCCCGCUGUUCUUUCUGCCUCUAAGCACCGCGCUGCCAAACACCUGGCCGGCCUCAAGAUCUACUCUGUUGAAGGCCCUGAUAACUCUGGAAGCCCAGUUGGGGGGCAGGCAGCGGGCUCCCACUCCGGGGGGGCGCAGUCGCGUGCCAUGAUCACGGCAGCAGCCAGACAAAGAGAUGCCAGCCACAACGAGCUCUACUACGAAGAGGCCGACCACAAUAGACGAGUACGGAAACGUCGAGCCAGACUGGUGGUGGCAGUGGAGGAGGCGUUUACGCACGUCCGCCGCCUGCGUCAGGAAGAAAAGCGGGCGUCGCCUUCUGAGGUGAUGGACGUGCGGGAGGCUGCCCUUGCCAUCUUCCCCUCCAUGGCACGCGCCCUGCAGAAGUAUCUCCGCGCCACCAGGAGACAGCACUGCCACAGUAUGGACAGCAUCCAAAGACACCUGGCUUUCUGCCUCACCCACAACAUGAGCCCCAAGGCCUUUCUCGCGGCCUACCUAGCCCCAGGUCCGACCUUACAAUAUGGAUCAGAGCGCUGGAUGGCUGGCCAGUGGACCUUGGUGAGUGAUGCUGCGGUGACCAGUGGUCUGAAGGAUGGGACGGAGUUCCUGCUGCGCUGUCUGGACUUCAGUCUGGCCAUCACCGUCAAGAACAUCCCAUACAUCCGUCUCACUGAAGAGUAUAUAGACCCCAAGUCCCACAAGUUCACUCUGCUACUCCAAUCAGAAACUUCUGUCUGAUGAUGUGCAGAGCCCUCACUGGCUGCUCCAAUCAGGAACUUCCAUCUGAUGGGCAGAAUUAGUCAAAGACAGGACUGAUGCUGUUUUGGAUUAAAUUUUCUUUUUUUUUAUCUGCCACUAGAAAUGUUUUAUACUUUUAUUUAUACCUGUACUGGGCCCUUUUUCACUUGUAAAUUAUUUGUAGCAGUGAUGGAAUCAAUGUGUUAAUCUUAGAUGGUUUAUGCAUAUGACAUUUGUUAAUGGAAUGAAGUAUUUCGUCUUAAAUCACUGGAAGAAAGAUGGUAGAUGGUUCUCACUAGAACCAGGUCAGGUAUUUCUCUAUGCACUGUAAACGAUCCUCACAUUCCUGUAACUCCUUUCUUUUGGUGUGCUGGAGCGUGUCUGUGUGUGGCGAACAGUGUGUGUAUUUAAGAGAGCGUGUGUGUGUUUGUGUGUGUAUUAGCGUGUGGGUGCAGUAUCCAACCAGGGUUUGGGUGACUAUCAAGUGGGCAACAUGCAGUUGAAUCAAAACGCUCCACUAGGAGAUAUUUCUUAAAUUUAUGUUUUAGCAUCGAGACUUUUUUCCGAACUACAAAGCACCAAAUUGUUAAAUGCAUUAAUUGCAUACAAUUAGAAAAUAACUUCAUUUUAGGGACUUACAGAACACAUAGUUAAUGAAGGCCUUUAAAAAUCUAAUAUUUUUCCAUAGGCUACAUAUUUUCAAUUGUUGAAUAUGAGACUGCACAUGCUUAGAUGCCAGUCAGAAUGGUCUAAUCAUUUUCAGUCUCUUAUUUACUAUGCUGCACCAUGAAUCCACACAGACUGGAAAACUUGUGUACAUGAAUUGAGACUAGAUGUGAGAUUUAAUUGUAGCCUCCUCUCAAGUCCAAAUGAAUAAAUGUUGAGCUUUGCGUGGAAAUUACCGUACGCUUCUGUCGUCCGUUCGUUUCGUCAAUGAGGGCAACUGUCUUGUGUUCAGAAUGCCUACAGUGCAUCACCAAAACAUACUGUGUUCAGGCUCACCACCAGCGCCUCUCUUUUGACUGUAUGCAUUAUUAUAUUUGAAUGAUGUUAUGUAAACCUGCGUUUUGAUAAUAAGACUUGUGAAAUGUUGGAUGCUUUUCUACGUUGUCUGAAAUGUAGAUCUUGAGUUUAUUCAGUUGAACACACACUCACUUCUUUAAGUAGUAUGAAACAUCCAGUAAACUAACCAUGGCUACCCAAAGAUGGACCCAUCAUUGUUUUGGGUGUGUAUG